AGCUCAACCACAGCCCUUCGUGAAACAGGCUCACCCUGAACCGCUUGUACUCCCCCGCACACGCAAAACUCGCCAGCACCAGGAUGUCUUCCUUCGCCUACAUCAUGGACGAUGUCUCCAACGGCCUCAAGACCUUCAGCUCGGACGUAAGCACCCUCUUCGGGGGCUUCGACCUCACCGUCAUCGCCGUCAUCGCCCUGGUCGUCCUGCUGGCCGUUAUAUCCUACGACGUGAUCAUGUUCCUCCUCUUCUUCAGCGAAUCCGGCAGAUCCUUACAACUCGCUCACGAGCUUCCUGGCGUCGAAGGCUUGGGAUUACAGGAACGAGGUGGACAUCAACCCAGAGAACUACAUCAGUGCAAGGUCUCUUGCUGUGAUCAACCCCAUCAUCUACGCCAUCCAAUCAGCUAUCGAGAAAUACGAAUAGUGAUUGGACUAACCGCCACCCAUGACGUCAUUAUUUUGUAUGACGGCUGACCAAUGAGAAGAGACCUCGGUCGCGUUUCCCGACAAGAUCUGGCAACGGAGGACCAAUCAUCUGCGAGACAGGUUUACGGAAUGGACCAAUCACGAGCGAGGCAGGAUUGAGAGCCAGUCACUUUGCUCGAUGGCCGGCGUCGACAAAGGGAUUUAGCUACGAUGCUUCUCACUCGCGAAGAGAGAAAAACAAACAAGAUAUAGAAUGCGUGCUUGCGCUUACCUUACUUCCUCCCCCCCCCUUCCCUUCCUCAUCGAUGACGUUUCUCAAGACAUACUGGCGAUUCUUCUCCUCCGCCUCGUACUUACUUCCCUCUCUCGAAAGCUAGCACACUGGUCGUCUCUGUCCUGGGAUACCCAAGAUAGCCUCGCCGAUGUCUGGCCAGCUACAGCUUUUGCUUGGUCAGCUGACUAGACUUCGUGGCUGUCUGGGAUCCCAAGCAGAGAGACUAGUGUGACCCUGGCUGAAGAGAUUGAGAUUCUUUCCAGACAGAAGAUCUUUUAAGACAGACGACAAUUUUCCGAGACAACGAGAGACAUCGCAUCGGUGAUUUUUGUUUCCUUUACUAAUCAGACUUUUUCUGUAGGUCACGCGGUACAAGUAUUGUCUGUGUGACCCUUUACGGCAGGGAUGACCUAUGACCUUUGACCCUUCGGGUUUGACGUGAGACCCAUAGACUGUACAUAUUUUUAUUUUUAUUUUCUAUAAUUUUU